AUGGCUCCGCCCAACGAGCAUGAUUCCGGCGAGGCCGAAGUCCCCCAUGUCCGCACGUACUUCUACGCCGGGGGCGAGUACGCCGAGGACGGAAAAGGCGGCCACCUCCUCCACAACCAAAUGUACGUCGAGAAGCUGGUGCCCGCGCCGGGCGUCACGCAGAAGUGGCCGAUAGUGCUGAUGCACGGGAACUGCAUGACCGGGACAAACUUCCUCAACAAGCCCGACGGCGGCCGAGGCUGGGCAUCCGACUUCCUCCGCCAAGGCUACGAAGUCUACGUCGUGGACCAGCCGCUGCGCGCCCGCUCGGCAUGGCACCCCGGCGACGGGGCGCCCUCCCUGUCCGCAUAUCCCGCCGAGCUCCUGCGGGACCGGUUCACGGCGCCCCGGCCCUCGAGGCAGUGGCCCCAAGCGGCCAUGCACACGCAGUGGCCGGGGACAGGAGCCAUGGGCGACCCGGUGUUUGACGCCUUCUACGCCUCCACGGUGCCCUUUGUCAACAACGAGGCGUACCAGCAGCUGGCGGCGCAGAAGGCCGGCGCGGCGCUCCUGGACAGGAUCGGCAAGCCUGUCGUUCUGCUCGGGCACAGCCAGGCGGGCGCCUAUCCGCCGCUGAUUACCGACGUCCGGGCCCAUCUCGUCCGGGCCAUGGUCCUCGUGGAGCCCAAGGGGCCGCCGUUCCAGGAGGCCGUGUUUAGUGGGAGGAAGUCGAAGCCUUGGGGGAUUUUCGACGCGCCCAUUACGUAUGAGCCUCUGGUGACGGAUCCGGAGAGGGACCUUGUCAAGGUGACGUACCCGCCUGCUGGGCCGGGUUUGGCGGAGUGUGUGCUGCAGGCAAGUGAUCCGCCGCCGAGGAGGCUGAAGAACCUGGUGGGUAAGCCGAUGCUGGUCGUGACGGGGGAGGCGUCGUACCAUGCUGUGUAUGACCAUUGCACGGUCGAGUUUCUACGGCAGGCGGGGUGUGACAAGGUUGAGCAUUUGGAGCUGGCCAAGGUUGGGAUACAUGGGAACGGGCACAUGAUGUUUCUGGAGAAGAAUAGCGGCGAGAUUCAGGGGGUGGUUGAGCGGUGGAUUCGAAAGGCUGUGAGUGAUGGGCUUUCGUGCUCGUAG